GUCAUGAGUGCGACAAAAUUUUUAGUUUUGGGCAGGUUUUGGGCGCAAAUUAUUGUGAGAAACAAAUCAAAUUUAUAAGAAAAAAAAAACAAAAUAAAGAUCUUUUUAAAAUCUAAAAACAAAAUUUCAACAUUAGGAUUAAUAUAAAAACAAAACAAUGCCCGUUCAAGUGGAGCAAAGUGAAAAGACUAGGAAAUUUUUAAAAAGUCGACUUCAAACAGAUGUAACGGCAUUCCGUGGAUAUGAAUCCGAAUGGCAGCAUAUCCGCGAUCUCUUGUUCCGGACAGCGGAACACGGCGAAUCCAACAGUGCCUUGCUUCUAGGGCCAAGAGGAUGUGGUAAAACAACGCUGGUUACAUCGGUUUUGGCGGAUUUACUCCCGGAGGAAAAUUUCUGCAAAAACACCCUCAUUGUGUAUCUCAACGGAUUGCUGCACACGGACGAUCGGUUAGCUUUGAAGUCAGCCACGGCGCAAAUGAACCUUGAAAACGCAGUCGACGGCAAGGUGUUCGGAUCGUUUGCAGAAAAUCUGGCCUUCCUGCUGGAAUGCCUGAAGGCCGGCGACAAGAAGCAAUCCAAAAGUGUAGUCUUUCUUCUGGAAGAAUUCGAUCUGUUUUGUGCCCAUCACAAUCAAACAUUGCUGUACAAUUUGUUCGAUGUCGCGCAAUCGGCUCAGGCUCCGAUUUGUGUGCUAGGAAUAACUGCCCGUUUGGAUGUCAUUGAAUUACUUGAAAAACGAGUAAAGUCAAGAUUCUCCCAUCGUCAAAUAUUUAUACUCCCCAAAGGUGACGAUAUACAGGACCGAAUAGAAUUAUUCAGGCUCUUAUUGAAAUUGCCUACAGAUAAGGAGCUCAAAGAUUAUGUGAAGCAGAACAAAAAAAUCCCCCCGAAAGCACUAGAGAAUUUCGAGCUUCCCCUACUGCGGAGAGUGUUUGCCCCUUCUGCAUAUACAUUCGAUUCCAAAUGGGUUACCCAAUGGAACAAACACAUUGACGGACUCGCCGCCAAUCCAAAAGUGGUGUCUGUCUUGCAAAACAUGUUCGACUAUGAUGUCGUGGAAGCCACGUUUAAAACGUUCUUGUUUGAACUGGUGUCGCUGAUCAGCAGAACCGUUCCCCUCAUCACCUUAGAGAACAUACAGCUUUUGGGACAGCAAUUUGAAUGCGACGAUAAGAUCAAUCUUCUUUGCGGGUUAUCAGUGCUGGAGCAGUGUCUGCUGAUUGCCAUGAAGCAUCAUUCGGAAAUCUACGACAAAGAUCCAUUCAACUUCGAAAUGAUUCUUACUCGGUACAACAAGUUUGCGAACUCCAACAGUUCGAUGCAGGGGAUCGAUCGUAGUGUCGUCCUGAAGGCAUACGAGCACGUGAAAAAUCUAGAAUUGAUAGCUCCGGUAAGUAGUUCGACCUCGAAGAUACAGAAAGAAUAUCAGUUACAUCGGUUGUUAUUAACUCAUGGCCAAAUAAAUCAAGCUGUUUCGAAAACCCCAAAUCUGCCAACGGAAAUUUGUCAAUGGGCACAAAGUUCGCUAGUAUGAUCUAAGUAAAUAAAUUAUUCUUUUAAAAGUUG